GGAGGCGGAACCGUGGUCCCCGGAGCCCCGGCUCCGCCCUCCGACUCUCCAACGGCCACCGGGCGCGGGGCGGCGAUGGGGGCGCUGCUGGCGCUCUGUUUCCUCGUGGGCUUGCUGCGCUGGGGCCCGGCGGGCGCGCAGCAGCCUGGGGAGUACUGCCACGGUUGGGUGGAUGCACAGGGCAACUAUCACGAGGGUUUCCAGUGUCCCGAGGACUUCGACACGCAGGACGCCACCAUUUGCUGCGGCUCGUGCGCGCUGCGCUACUGCUGCGCUGCAGCCGACGCCAGGUUGGAGCAGGGCGGCUGCACCAACGACCGCGGAGAGCUGGAGCAUCCCGGCAUCACUGCGCAGCCUGUCUACGUCCCCUUCCUGAUCGUUGGCUCCAUUUUCAUCGCGUUCAUCAUCUUGGGCUCUUUAGUGGCUAUCUAUUGUUGUACCUGUUUGAGGCCCAAGGAGCCCUCCCAGCAACCAAUCCGCUUCUCACUCCGCAGCUAUCAGACAGAGACCCUACCUAUGAUCCUCACCUCCACCAGCCUCAGAGCGCCUUCCCGCCAGUCCAGCACAGCCACCAGCUCCAGCUCCACAGGAGGCUCUGUUCGAAGGUUCUCCUUUGCCCGGGCUGAGCCAGGCUGCCUGGUACCCUCGUCACCCCCGCCUUACACCACUGGCCACGCCAUCCACCUAACGCAGCCAUCCGGUUUCCUGGUGUCACCCCAAUAUUUUGCCUACCCUCUCCAGCAGGAGCCCCCCUUGCCCGGGAAGAGCUGUCCAGAUUUCAGUUUCAGUUGACUCAGGGCGGCGGUGGCUGUGAAUAGGCUGCAUGGUGAAAUGGUAGCCAGGGGGAAUGUUGCUACCCUGGUCAAGCCACACUCACUUUUUGAGGAAAUUUGUGGUAACCCAUCACGAUCGUGGAAGAAAGGUCCAGAAAGAUACAGCACUUUCUGGUCCUUGGCUACGGAGGUCUGACUUUGCAAACGCCGUGAAUGAUGCAGCUUACUCACCUUUUGUUAAAAUACUCGGCAGUUUGACGUUCAGUUUGCAAGAGGAAGAAUAUUUUACCGGACAGUUCAGCUAUCCUUUGUAGAAAAGUGUCCUGUGUUCCUUUUCCUGUGUUGGUUGAGUUAUCAUACAAACGUAUACAUAAAUAAGGAAGGGCGUACACUUAAUUGUAAUUAUAAAGGUUCACUUAAAAUCUAACUGUUAAGUAAACUUGAGGGGCCAGUGAACCACCUAUUUAUAAUUUUGGGAGUGACCUAACCAUAAGUAAUAUUAGUAUGCUGAGAACAUUUACUUCUUAAAUUAAUAACAAAUUUUGUUUAAAAUAUGAGAGUUGUCUUUUUCCAAAACACAAGGUUUCGGUAACCACAUGGGAAGAUUGAAGUUUUAAAUAUUACUCAGACACUUGCUGCAGCACAGAUUCUGUGUCAAUCUACUUCCCCACCAUCCUGAGGGAAUAUUUAUUGCAGACUUUUUGUUCAGCAAUAUUCGAGUUUAAAAUGAAAGUUGGACAAUUGGGUCUUAAAACAUUUAUUUGUAAAAAGAGUUAUAUAUAAAUGUGAAGAUUUGUAACUUAAUUUACUUAUCACAUUGACAGUACUAAUUAUUUAGAGAUCACGCUGUAACUUUUUGUGGAAGUCAAAGGCCAUCUAUUAGUGGAACGAUCCAGGGAUUCACAUUCUAUGUGUCACUGUGUUUGACGUCUGGUGAACACACGUACAGGCCAUACUAGAAAAAAAAAAUAAAUGUCUCUGGUUUCCUGAACUCUAUUUGAGAUUUUCAAACAAAAGUUCUUCAUUUUAUACUCUUAGUGGCAAUUCUUU